UAAGUACCUAAUUAUUUUUCAUGACUGAAAUUAGCAUGCUGAAAAUUGGGGAUAGGUUCAGCUCAUUCGCUGACGCAAAGAAAGCGAUUGAGGAGCUUGGUGAAAAUACGUACACAACAUUUUGGAAACGAGAUGCCCGUACGAUUGCAAGCAGUACAAUUGUGAGACCAGUAGAAAGCUCUUUGAUUUAUUAUCAACUUCUAUAUGCAUGUAAUCACGGUGGAAAGAAGUUUAAGGGCGGUGGGAAAAAAAUUCGACAGUCUUGGACAUUUAAAGAAGAUUGCCCAGUACAUAUAAGAUUCAAAGCAUCGUCUGAUGGAAAAGCACCCGAGGUAACAUCGGUUCAAAUGAAGCACAAUCAUGUCACUUCGAAGGUUCUACAUGCGCAUAACCCUAGCCAAAGAAAACUUUCCAGUAACAUGAAGGAAAGUGUCAAGGAUUAUUUGAAUAUGAAGGCCAAUAGAAAAAUGAUACAGCAAAAAGUUCAAGAAAGUGCCAAUGUAGCUGUUUUGCGAGACGAAGACAAUAAUUUCAGAGGACUUUUCAUUCAAAGUCAAACCAUGAAAAGUACAAUGAAGGCUUUUCCAGAAUUUCUUGCAGUAGAUGCUACAUAUAAAUUACUUAAAAUAGGAUUACCUGUUUUUCUCAUAAAGGACGUCCAAAAGGACAGGACUUAACAGUCAUAGGACUACCAAAGAAAAAGAAAAGAUGUACUGUAGCAUUUGCUAAACAAUCCUAUCAUGAAAAACAAAAUGUAAUCCUGAAUUGCUUCGUUAAGGAUCGUAACAUCGUUAGAGACAUCACAAAUGGGAAAUUUCUUGAAACUGUAGACCUUAAAAUGCUCCCCGAAGAAAUAUCACAUGCCGUUCUUGAUGAGGCUGUUGAUAUCCACAUGAUAAGAAGUUUUUGCACCGAAAAAGCCUUUGAAAAAAUAACCAAUCUAGUUGAGCAGAAACGACUUCAACAAAGUUGGUUUUGUUCUGUGUGCAGUGAAGACACGCAGAAAAAUCAUAUGUCACUUUGUUGCAGUAGAUGCCUUCUAUGAAGACAUAUCCGUUGUGCAGGAUUGACUAAGCGACCUAAAUCAAAACUGUGGUUUUGCAUAGAAUGCUAUCUGUAGCAUUAUUAUUUUUAAGUUGACGUAGUAUUAUUUUUAAGUUGUCAGUUUAUAAUUUGCAAUAAAAACCUGAAAACCAAUGCCAUAUAUUACAUUUUAUCGCAAAUACAUUUUCAAACCUACAACGGCAACAUAUACGUCUACCUACAUAUACACCGUUCCAAGUUAAUUUUAUUCAGAAUAAGCCAUGACGGAUUUUGGACAACAUUACAUUACAAAUUAUUAAGUAUUAAUCAGUAGCCUACUCUGCAUUAACGAUUAACGGCAUUUUAGUACGCGACCGUUCGACGGCAUUUUAACCAAAGCAUUAAAAAGCCGU